CUAAAGUGUCAGACGCUUGCGUAGUAAAGUUUGAGUAUCAGGUCCAGCCAACUAUGAACUGGCAAACGAACCUGUGUAGCUCUGCCAGUUUUUACCGAUGGACUGCACCUGUCCUCGUAGAUACUGAUGUGAGAUUGUAACCAGCUCGAGGAACCGCGUCUAUCCUCGCCCAACUUUGAAGUGGGAGGUUUAUUUUUGCAUCGACGAGGUGUUGCGUUACCACUGGUGCUAUCAAAGGACGAUACAGCGUUAUGCGAUUGUUGUUGCUGACACUCAAACUCAUAGGAAGAGACCAUAAUGGAUGCAGUGUCCCUGACUCCUGGGAGGGCAGAAGAAGCUAGAGAAGAAUCACUGGCAGCCCGAGAGGAUGAAAAUCCCUCCUCCUCAUCUUCCUCCUCUUCCUCUUCUGCUUCAUCUGAAGCACCAUCGUUGUCUGCAGAUACUCUGAUAUCGUCACACCCACAACUAGGUCGGCCAAAAUCAACUCGCCGUCUUCUUUGCCUUCGACACAAGUCGCACUGUGACUGUAUUGCCUCCACACUGAACACUGGACUGGCUGAACACCUGUGACGCAUUGGGGAUUUUUGCUGGCAUGGAUCGAAAGAUCUCGCCUUCUCCGCAUAGCGAUGUGCAGGUAAAACAGAACAGUAACUGCAACAUGGCUCCUUUUGUUUCCUCAUCCUCUUCUUCUGCUUCUUACGUUGAAUCACCGGUGUGUCAAUGCGAACCCCUUUGGGUGCUCCCAGCUGUUCCAGAGCACGAAGGUGCUCCCAGCAGAGCUGAAUAUGUCCACCAUUACCAUCGCAUGAAAUACUUGGGAGAGUGGAUCGUUUUGAAGUCGACAAUGAAGUGACUAGAGGACGUCCAAAAGGGCAAUUCCGAUGACUUUGAUGUGGACAGUAUUGGUGGUGAUCGUGCCGACCUCCGCAAUGGGUGUUGAUGAGUUUUGGCGUGCGGUUUCGACGCUGCAGACGCUGAUUAAAUUUAUAGUCCUCGAAUGAAAUGUCAGAGCUAGAAGACUUAACAGAAAUGUCUGUGAUUGAUUUUCGGUUUACUGAACAGAGGAGCGACGAAUCAGCCUACAAAUAAGGGGCAAUAAGAUGUUUUAAAUCAAAUUAAUGCACGGAAAAGUAGUAGAAUUUGAGUUAUUACCCCACCAAAUCUCUUGGACUGGUGGUGGAACGAGUUUGAUUUAG